CAGGACAGAGACCAGACUGAUACUCAGGCGUCAAAACACACUCCUGCUAUGCAUCAGCCUCCGUGCAGUGUUCUGCUCCCGACCAUCAUUCUCAAGUGCCACGAGCUGUGCAUGUCAGUGACUGAAGCCAGGACUCUUCUGAACCAAAUGAUUGACGACAAUGAAGCCAUUCUCAACGAAACCAGGAAGAAACUGGACCACCUGCAAAGUGCCACUGAACAUGGUUCAGAUGAAUUUGAGUUGAACUUGACUCUUCUGCAAGAGACUGUGCAGGAGUUUGAGGUUUCUGAAAUGGCCCUGGAGUGCAUCAAAACUGGGCGGAGUCCCUCCAUAAACUGUGAUGCCGACUCGGAACAUGAGGAUGUCCUGGGGGCCGACCCUUUCAGGACCUCAGAGGCGGUGAAAAGCUUGGGGCAUCAACUUCUUCUGUUGCAGGAUAAGUUGAGGCAGGAACAAGAGGAGAAGAAGAAGAUCAUCGAAAACUACACUUCUGAAAGGACCAUGAGGAGGAAAUACUACAAUAUGGUGGAAGACAUGAAAGGAAAAAUCAGAGUAUUUUGCCGGAUUCGACCACCAGCCGACACAGAGGGAGUGCAGGGUGGGGUCAAGGUUCUGAAGAAAAUCGAUGACUACACUGUCGCGGUAGAGACUUCAAGAGGACCAAGGGAGUUUUUCUUUGACCACGUUUUCGGUGCUGAAGCUUCUCAAGACGAGAUUUUUCAGGACACCAGCAGGCUGAUCCAGUCGGCUAUUGACGGUUAUAACGUCUGCAUCUUUGCAUAUGGGCAAACUGGCUCUGGAAAGACUUACACCAUGGUUGGAGACAAAGAACAGAAGCAGCCUGGGAUCAUGCCGAAAACUUUCACCACAAUAUUUGACAUCAUACAGCAGAACUCCACUAAAUUUCUCUUCAAGGUUUCAGCCUACAUGUUGGAGCUCUACAACGACCGGCUGCGGGAUCUUUUGGUUGGCCAAAGUGAUGAUUUCCAGUCGCAAUCUGAAGGACCGUCCAGGAGGGUGGAGAUCAAACGGAACAGGAAAGGUUUUGUGUUUGCACAAGGAGCAGAAAUAAAGGAAGCUUCCAGUCCUCUGGAGCUCUGUGCUCUGUUCCAGCAGGCCUGCGCCAACAGACACAUCUCUGCCACCAAAAUGAAUAUCGAGAGUUCGCGUUCUCAUCUCAUCGUUGGCAUCACAGUGGAGAGCCGGAACCUCACCAAUGGAAGCCUGAGCUCCGGGAAGCUGAGUCUGGUCGACCUGGCGGGCAGUGAGAGGGCAGCCAAGGCCGGAGCCAGAGACCACCAGCUGAAGGCCAACUGCAUCAACAAGUCCCUGAGUGUGCUGGGGGACGUCAUCUCCGCGCUGUCAGCCGAGCUGCCGCACGUGCCGUACAGGAACAGCAAGCUAACUCAAGUGAUGCAGGAUUCUCUCGGAGGGAACUCCAAAACGCUCAUGAUCGUCAACGUCUCUCCGUCAGAGUGCAACCUCGAUGAAACUCUGACAUCACUGAUCUACGCUGCGAGAGUAAAGUCCAUCACCAACAGUGCGCAGAGAAAUGUGGAAAGCAAAGAGAUCGCUCAGCUGAAAGAGAUCAUCAGGAGGCUAAGAUCUGGACAGACCGUGGAUGAAGAGGACAUCUGACUCUGAGACGCUGAGACCUUUACAUUGGACAGGCGGAUACUGUGGUGGAUUGUUACUAAUUCAUUGACAUGAAAUUCAAUGAAAUUUGAGGUUCACCUUCCAAAAUGUUCAACAGCACUGACUUGGCAGUGUGUCAGUGAGAGUGGUCCUGUGUCCUGUAAGGUCACCCAGAGAGCAGGGUAGACUGAAGGGAGAGUGGAAUCUCAAAGUGUCUUUGGAUUAAGUGGCGUUAACCGUAAGCCUGCAUCUACUCCUUGUAUCCUGUUGUGUGUCCUGUAGUAUUAGGUGUUGCAAGAGCAGAGAGGUUGUGAUCGACAUGUUCUCUGUGAUCUGUUUGGAAGUGGCUGCCUUUUCUUUUUUUUUUAAUUCUCAAUUUUAUUCAUUACCUGUCCAAGACUGGUCUGUGGGUUUAGCUAUGCCUGUUGUGGAUUUUUCUCUGCCUUUUAUUUUUGGGUACUUCCUUAUUUUAAUGCAAAUACUAACUAAAUAUUUUCACCAUUCACAACAAUCUCUGUUGGUGUUCCGGAUCGAUUUGAGUUUGACCGC